AUGAGCCUUUUUAAGAAGUUUGUGAAGAGUAAUAAUCAGCAGACCUCGAGCAACUCAAACUCAAGUAUUCAUACGAAUGAGGAAAAAAGCAAAACUGCAAAGCUUGAAGAUCAAAUUAAGCACCUUAACAACUACAUCAAAGAGUUAGUUAAGGAAAAUGAAAUGCUUUAAGAUAGAAAUAAUGACAUGAAAACUACACUUUAGUAAAACAAAUAACUCCUUGGUAAUGCUCAUAAUAAUGGGAAUGGCAAUGUUUAUACUACUACUAAGGCAACAACUAUAUUUUAUCAAACAUCCCCUAAAAAUUCGGCAAUGACUCAAUAUAACUUCACUACAAUGAAUGAAACUAACAAUGUAAAUACUAGCGUUAAUCAUAAUAAUAAUUAUGGUAAUAACCAUCAUCAACAGCAUAAUCCAUAGUAAAAUAACAACAGUAGCAAUCUUAAUAAAUCUUAGUCAAACAAUAAUAACAUAACACCAGGAUCAUCAAUACAAUAGAACAAGUAAAAUUCCUCUGCUCAUAUUACAAUAUUAUGCCCUUCUUGUAAAACACAGUUUAGAUAACCUGUUCCAUAACAGAGUAGUCCUAACAAUUAAGCGAUACCAGACCGAGAGUCUACUAUUAGCAAUAGAAGAGUACAUACAUUCAGUUAAAUGUUUGUUGAGAAAAACUAUCAAGAUCUUGGAAAAAUUUAAGAUAUGCUUGAUCUUAGUCAAUAGUAAAGUGAAUUGAUCUUAUUCCAAGAUUCAAAAGGGGAAUUGUGGCAAAUUAUACCAAGAUAAGAUUUACAAAACUCUAUCCAAGACUAAAUUGAAGAAACCAUCAACAGAUCGAACAAGAAAAAGAGUCGAAAUAAUGAGACUGGAAGAUAGCAAAUGAUAUCUCAAUAAUCUGAUUAUGAAGACGAUGAUGAGGAUGAGGAUCAUUAUGAAGAGGAGGAAGAAGAAGAGGAUGAUGAUUAUCACUAAUAAGACUCUUAUUAAAAUAAUGACCUUAGCUAGAGAAAGAGGUAGAAUGUAAUUCAAAAACUUUAAGACUAACUUUCUAACUCAAAGAACACUAGCAUGCUGAGUGGGUCUAAAUCAGUUGGAAAAUCCAAUCAAAAGUAAAUAAGACAACCUAACCUAAUGGAAGGUGAUGAUAAGAAUGUAAUUGUUAGUGUGCUAAACACAGAGGAGUUUUGA